AUGAUAAAUUUCGCCAAAUCAAAAACAAGUCAUUUGUCUGCUGAUCACAUCAAGUACUUCAAGAAAUGGAUCACUUGGAUUUACUCGGAGUGGUCCGAAGAUAAGGCCAGGAAGGGCAGUUCUUUAGAAGACUUGUGGCAGAAGCCUGUGGAGCAAAGGCAAUCGGAAGGUUCAUGCCUACCAAAUCUCCGUUUAGUGAAUCAUGUGAGAGUUUCUACUGAGGCCUGCUCUUCCUACCUGCUCACUUUUGAAGGGAAUGUCACGAUUGUGGAAUCUGUCUUCGCUCCUGGAAAUAUGUGCACUAUUUCAACUUCGACACAACCCGGCAUUCUCCUUGCACCUAUAGUUGAAUCUUCAUCUAAAUUUGUGACGAUUCGUAGUGAUCGACUGAUCAGUCGUGAAGACACCUAUCAUCUAGACCUUUAUCACAGUUUUUCGACUUAUCCUACAACUCUUGGUAAUCUAGUUCUGCUCAUGGCAAACACCGAGACGAGUGCCCGACAGCGUGAACUGAUCAUCGAUCUUGCUCCUCCAUCAUGUCCGUGUUCUGAUGUCUCAACACUUCCUGCUUCUGUUCAGCAUCUGCUUUCUGAGAUCGCCACAUCUGAUGGACUGAGCGCAGAGCAGCGAAAUGCAGUGCAGGCGGCUAUUCUGUGUAACGACUACACUUUGAUCGAAGGAUUCCCCGGCUCAGGGAAGACCACCACAAUUGUAGCUUUGCUGUGCUGUCUUCUCCAAAUGAAUCGUACAGUUCUGCUGACUACAAACACUCAUUCUGCUCUAGAUAAUGUUCUAGUUAAGCUGAGAAAAUAUACAAGCGAU